AUGUCAACACCACACAGCGAUACCCGCAUACGCAUCGCAUCCCAGUGUUGUCUCAUCUGUGGUCUCAACAUUGGCUAUCGCGAACAAAGAUCGCACUUCUGGACAAGCCCCGAACUCCUCAAUAUACCCCAGAGUAUCCGAAAAACGCUUCCAACUCAGCCAGAAGUGCGGCGCGAUGCCAAACUCUACUGCGCAACAGAGGUAGAGAACGCAUAUCACCCUAACAAUUGCUAUCUAUGGAUGGGACUGUACCAGCUCAUAAAUCUGACCAAGAUAAACCAAGUUAUCUACCGCCCUGAUACCAACGAAUACACCCUUUCUGGUGUCGGGCUACGCAUAGCAAAUAUCAAACCUGCAUACGUCCCCUGGGAUCAAAGCAAGGCUUUCAUCGACCAGAUAUCUACAGGGCUAUCAUCACCAGAUCUCACAGAAGUCUCCAUGACAUAUCUUCGAAACCAAGAUCAUGACACGAUCGGGUAUCCGAUGCACAUGCACUGCUGGACCAUGGCCCGAGCAACCGGCAGCAUCAACGAGCCCGGAAACUUAGGGCUUUUCUGCCAGAUCCUAUGGAAAGAGUGGACAAAAUUCAAGCAAGCAAUGAAUGGUAGAUUGCCUGAAAUUCAAGAAAAUGGGGGCACGUCUUCAGAGACUGGAUUCAUCAGUUACAGACUCGGAUGUCAGCCACCGGGAGUAAUAGCCGAAGACCCUCUCAGAAUACACGCGGUCAAGAAAAUCAUAGACACCAGUACUCGAAGCCCCUGGGGUCCACACAAGCCGAGAAUCGGAAGAAACUGGAAAUCUCUUCCCGAUGAGAUCCAACUCCUCAUUCUGGACAAGCUUUCGUCGGAGCAAAUCGAACCCUUGGCGACGGCUUAUAGAGACGCUAUCCCGGGCGUCUACUGGUGGCACAUCAUCUGUAGGAAGCUCAGAUUCGAGGAACACGUCUUGGAGGACCCUAACCCGGACUUGGAGUCCUUCGGAUCUGCCAUUGCCCGGCUGAGUGUGACGGACUAUAAUAAAAAUUGGGAGACGAGAUGGCAAUGGAGUAACCGGAACAAGAUUUUCACAUUCUUGACGCUUAUUGAUGAGGAGCUGGCUGAGGCUUUGAUAUACGGGUUGGCGGAGUAG